AUGGCUUUGGUCAAGAGGGUCGAGUUCGUGGGACGGGCUGACCUGGGCUCUGAUUUGUUCUUAGUCUGGGAUGGCCUAUUCGGCGAACAUCGACAUUUUGUGGCGCUUCUCGGAACGUCUGUGCCUAGGACGGUUCGGGGGGGUUACAUCUCCCCUGACCUAUGCAUCCAUAGGAUUCAUCUAGAGGAUGAAAGUAAGUCAAGCAUUGAACCUCAGAGGAGAUUGAACCCCAAUCUAAAGGAAGUAGUGAAGAAAGAGAUACUCAAGUUGCUUGAUGCUGGGAUAAUCUAUCCCAUCAGUGAUAGCACUUGGAUAUCUCCAGUUCAUUGCGUCCCAAAGAAAGGGGGGAUCACUGUCAUUAAAAAUGACAAAGAGGAGCUGAUUCCCACUAGAACAAUAGUGGGGCAUCGCAUGUGUAUUGACUAUAGGAAGUUAAAUUCAGCAUCUAGAAAGGAUCAUUUCCCUCUCCCUUUCAUUGAUCAGAUGUUAGAAAGAUUGGCAAACCAUCCUUUUUAUUGUUUUCUUGAUGGCUACAGUGGUUUCUUCCAAAUCCCGAUCCACCCUAAUGAUCAGGAGAAGACCACUUUCACAUGCCCUUAUGGUACCUUUGCUUAUCGAAGGAUGCCAUUUGGGCUGUGCAAUGCCCCAGCUACUUUCCAGAGAUGCAUGACCUCCAUUUUUUCAGAUCUGAUAGAGGAGAUGGUAGAAGUCUUCAUGGACGAUUUCUCAGUCUAUGGAGCAUCCUUCUCCUCAUGUUUGUCUAACUUGUGCAGGGUGUUGCAGAGGUGUGAGGAGACAAAUCUAGUACUCAACUGGGAGAAGUGCCACUUCAUGGUUCGAGAAGGGAUUGUGCUUGGACACAAGAUUUCCGAGAAAGGGAUCGAGCUCGAUCGAGCUAAGGUGGAUGUCAUGUUGCAGCUUCCUGUUCCCAAGACUGUGAAGGACAUCAGGAGUUUUCUGGGUCAUGCAGGGUUCUACAGAAGAUUCAUCAAGGAUUUCUCAAAGAUAGCAAGACCCUUGACAAGACUUCUGUGCAAGAGACAGAUUUUGAGUUUGAUGAAGAAUGCCACAAGUCUUGGACCUUGCUGA